AUGAAGGACGACAAAGCGGACACUGCGUCAAUUGACGGGUCAACACCAACGGCAAGUAAUCAGGAAGUUCACCAUGUCGACGACGAAAAGCGAUCGUUUCAUGAAACCAUAGAUGUGGAGCGGGGACCUACGACAGACGUUGAGAAACAUGACAUCGAGCAAGUAGUCGAUGGACCUCGCGAUCCAAACAUUGUCGACUGGGAUGGUCCCGAUGACCCUGAGAAUCCACUCAAUUGGACAAAGAAGAGGAAGGUGUCGGCGACGGUGUCAAUUGCACUGAUCACGCUUCUCACGCCUCUCGGUUCAUCUAUGUUUGCGCCCGGCGUCGGACAGCUGGUCCAAGACUUCCAUAUUACGAGCACGGAGCUUUCAUCCUUUGUGGUCUCCGUAUAUCUACUCGGCUACUGCUUUGGCCCGCUGCUCAUUGCACCGAUUUCCGAGAUUGCUGGUCGCCGCAUUGUUUACAAUGUGUGCAACUUUUUCUACGUCGUCUUCACCAUUACAUGUGCCGUUGCGCCCGAAAUUGGCAGCUUGACGGUCUUUCGAUUCCUUGCUGGAUUCGCUGGUAGCUGUCCGCUGACAAUCGGCGCGGGCUCGAUCGCAGACAUGUAUGUUCAGGAAAAGCGAGGUGGUGCUAUGGCAGCGUGGGCUCUAGGCCCUUUGAUCGGCCCCGUCGCCGGACCCGUUGCUGGUGGAUACCUUGCCCAGGCUAAGGGCUGGAGAUGGACCUUCUGGGUUCUAGCCAUGGCUAGCGGGGCUGUCUUUGUUAUUUCUCUCUUCACUAUCCGGGAGUCGUAUGCCCCAACACUCCUAGCUGCGAAGACCAAGAAGCUGCGCAAGGAGACUGGAAACCAGAAACUACGCUCCGCUUUGGACAGCGGUCGCAGUCCGAUGGAUCUGUUCAUGUUCUCGAUCGUCCGACCAACCAAGAUGCUGUUCCUGUCGCCUAUUGUCUUCCUUCUCUCGCUAUACGUUGGCGUCGUCUACGGAUACCUUUACCUCCUGUUCACUACUAUCAGUUCCGUUUUCGAGGACCAGUAUGGCUGGUCUUCAGGAUCCGUUGGUCUAUCAUACUUGGGCAUCGGUAUUGGUUCCUUUGUCGGACUUUUCUUGCUCGGUGCCACGUCCGACCGUUUACUCCAGCACCUCGCCGAGAAGAACGGCGAGAAAAAGCCCGAGUAUCGACUGCCGCCCAUGAUCCCGGGCUCGAUCUUCGUGCCUAUCUCCCUAUUCAUCUACGGAUGGACGGCCUAUUACAAGACCCACUGGAUCGUUCCAAUCAUUGGAACAGCCUUCCUCGGCCUCGGCAUGCUGAUUUCUUUCAUGACCGUCAGCACAUAUCUAGUCGACGCCUACACAACCUACGCCGCCUCCGCCAUGGCAGCCAACACCGUCUUCCGAUCUCUGGCCGGUGCCUUGCUCCCUCUCGCCGGCCCCAAGAUGUAUGAAAAGCUUGGAUUAGGCUGGGGUAACUCCCUGCUCGGCUUCAUCGCCCUAGCUCUCUGCCCGCUGCCAGUCAUCUUCUACAUCUACGGCGAGCGCAUCCGAACAAGCAAGCUGUUCAAAGUGGAUUUCUAG